GCAUUCUUCCCCCUCACCUCCUCUGGCCUGACUGACCCACCAGCCCAUCACCAUGAACUACCUCCGCCGGCGCCUGUCAGACAGCAGCUUUGUGGCCAACCUCCCCAACGGCUACAUGAUGGAUCUGCAGAGGCCGACCCCUCCAGGUUCAUCCACUUCCUCUCCUGCCUCCCCGGCCACAGAGAGGCGGCAGCCCCCGAGCAUCCCGAGUCAGACCCAGGCCUCGGGCCCAACCUCGGGCCCAACCUCGGGCUCAGCCUCAGGCUCGACUUCGGGCCCGGGGAGCUUCCUCAGCUCCUUCUCCAGCGUGGUGAAGAGUGCUCAGAUGGCCCAGAACGUCGCUGCUGCUGCACACGCCAAAUCAGCAGCUGCUGAAGGAGCCCCAACAGGAAACAGUCAGCCACCCAAACCUGUCAUACGCAAGCCCAAGAUCCUGCUGGUCAUCGACGAUCAACACACAGACUGGGCGAAGUAUUUUCGAGGGAAGAAGCUGAACGGAGAAUAUGAGAUCCGGGUGGAACAGGCGGAGUUCUCAGAGAUCAACCUGGCCUCCUACGUUAACUCUGGAUGUAUGGUGGACAUGCAGGUCAACAAAGGUGGCACCAAAGUGGUCAGGUCCUUCAAGCCAGACUUCGUCCUGAUCCGCCAGCACGCCUACAGCAUGGUCCCCGGUGAGGACUUCAGGAACCUUGUGAUCGGCUUGCAUUUCGGCGAUGUCCCGAGCAUCAACUCUCUCUUCUCCAUCUACAACUUCUGCAGCAAACCUUGGGUGUUUUCUCAGAUGAUUAAGCUCUACCACUCCCUCGGUCCUGAGAAAUUCCCCCUGAAUGAACAAACCUUCUAUCCCAACCACACGCAGAUGGUUACAACUCCUACCUACCCUGUGGUGGUCAAGAUGGGCCACGCCCACGCUGGCAUGGGAAAGAUCAAAGUUGAAAACCAACAGGACUUCCAGGACAUCACCAGCGUGGUGGCUCUGGCCGGGACCUACGCCACCACCGAGCCCUACGUUCAGUCCAAGUACGAUAUCCGCAUCCAGAAGAUCGGCAACAACUACAAGGCAUACAUGAGAACGUCCAUCUCUGGGAACUGGAAGGCUAACACGGGCUCUGCCAUGUUGGAACAGAUUGCAAUGACUGACAGAUAUCGGCUGUGGGUGGACUCCUGCGCUGAGAUGUUUGGUGGCCUAGACAUCUGUGCGGUGAAGGCCGUCCACGGAAAAGAUGGCAACGACUAUAUCAUCGAGGUGAUGGACAGCUCCAUGCCUCUGAUUGGUGAGCAUGUGGAAGAAGAUAAACAGCUGAUCACAGAGCUGAUCAUCAACAAGAUGGCCCAGGUGCUGCUGGGAGUUUCCACACCUCAGCCUUCCUCUGUCAAGACCACACAGCCCAGACGAGGGGGACACCGCUCUGCUUCCGCCUCUCCCUCCCAGUCAGCCCAGGGUUCACCUCAGCGAGCCCGAUCAGCCACCACCUCGCCCAGCCAGGCCUUCCAGCCUGGUCCCAUCCCUGCCUCCUCUGGACCUGGAGCUCAGAAACAGUCCCCACAGCUGAACAAAUCCCAGUCGCUGACCAACACCUUCACGGAGACGUUGCGAGGAACCGUGACCGACGACGAGGCCAAAGCUGAGACCAUCCGCAGCCUCCGACAGUCCUUUGCCAGCCUCUUCUCCGACUAAAGGCCUCCCCACAAGCUUCCUUUUCCUGUCAGUUGUCAGGUUCGAAAAAAAAAAAAUCCUGACUGGUUAAUCUGUUAUGGAGUCUCCGUCCUCUUUAGAGCCUCAGCUUCCUGUUCCUUCGCUUUCCUUCUCCCUGUUUGUGAAGUUUAACACCUAGUGCAACCCGCUUUCCUCGCACUUAUCAGGACUUUAUCACUAGAAAGGCCAGUAGGACGUUGACUAGAAGAACAUUUAAAAGCUGACAUAUUCACAUACUGGAGAUUUUAAGAGAUGGAUGUCAGUGCAGGUGCAGAAUCAAACCAAAUCCCAUUCAAAUUUACUCAAUUUUUACUUGAUGGUCUUGGGCCGUUUCCUCUUUGCUGUUCAUGCCAGUCUUUUCUCACAUCCACACUACAUAACAGCAAUGCAGCGAUUAUGUAAGAGGACUGAGACAUUACGAGGCAUCUUGAUGCUGUAAUUUGGGGUGUUUAAAGCUGAAAAAGAAUUGAAAAUCAUCAGUAAUGAAAUGUGAAUGCCCCCGAGGGUUGAGAUCAGCAGUCAGCUGAUGGCAGCUUGGCCUUUCUAGAGGUAAAUAAUUAUAGUAAAUAAUUAUAAUCUAACCCAUACUGCUUGGUGUAUAGUCGUUAUUCUGCGUUCUGUUUGUUCAGCCAGUGAAACUACUUAUUAUUAGGUCACAUCGAUUAGUUUUUUUAUAUACUUUUAUUUACAAAAUUAAAUUAAUUUGAAUUAUUUGAAUUGACUCACAGCUUCCAAACUGUUUGCAGAUGUCUACGGCAAUAUUCUUUUCUGAAACUGUUCCACUUAACUCUUAAGAAAUGUACUGAAUCCUCACGGUUCACCAGCGAUUUUGAGCAUCUUGCCAGCAGCCGCAUUUCUCAGACAUCCAUGUGCUGUAGACACACAUUGGCUUACGUAGUGACUCCUUUACCUAACAUUACCAAAGUGCUUUUUACUAAAAACAGAAAAAGUCCCCCCUGCAAUGGGUCAAGAAAACAGUCACACAGCAAACCAACCUUUGAGCUUGUGAUUUCACAAGGUGCAAACGCUGUACUGACUUACAGCCAUCGUCUUCCAUCACAGCCCAGAUCUUCCCCUGCAAUUCUUUUUUUUUCUUCUUAAUGUUUUGUGCUUUGUGAAUAGUACUAUGGUGUAUUUCCUGUGGGGGAUUUGUAUCAUAACUAUUACUGCUAUGUGUCAAAACAAACAGUGAGGAUGUAAUAGUUUGAGACUUUUAAUGUGCUUAAAUUUGAGACUGAGACAGAAAAGGUUUGGUUGUAUAACAUCACAUUUUGAAUCUUUAUUGUCUUUUAUUCUCUACAAUCAAUAUUAGAUCGGAUUGUAGAUACUUUAUAAUCAAUCUUUUUUUUUUUGGUGACAAGGUGUGUUUGCAACAUCUGCAGUGGUAGCAAAGCAGAGAUCCUCUUCCAUCAUUCAUCCUGCUUUGGAGCUGCAUGUCAAUGUUUAGUGAAUGUUGUACGUAGAGUCCAAUUAGUAUUUUCUAACAGAAAACCAACACAAGUUCAUGAUUUUAAGUAUUCUGUUUCCUGGAAAGGACAAUGUAGUUUGAUGUAAAUCACACUGAAAAUAUAGACUACGUUCUGAGAAAGUACUCAUGGCAUUGUUAUCCAGAACCAGGAAAUAUUUUUGUUUAUAAGCCGUUGUUUACUUCCCAAGGAAUUUCCUUUAACUGCUCUAAAGAUGGGAUGUGUCAUUCCAAUUUAAUUACUAAAAACAUUGACAAAUCUAUAUAGUUUUAAUCUAUGGAAAUAUUCAUUUAUUUGAUGGAAACCUAUCUGUGGGUUCAAAUGUUCUUACUAAAAACUAAUAGAAGUUUUUUUUUAUCUAUUUGAAAGUGUGCAAACUAAAUGCUGUCGGUUUUCUUUAUAACUAGCAUCAAAUUACAUUUCUGGUAAGUGAGAGCCUCCACGGUGCAACAGUUUGUUGCAUCAGGCUUACAGGAAGAGAUUGACUGUAUAUUUGGCUUUCCAUGCAGCGCACAAUCACAAUCAAAUAAUCAGAAAAUGGCUCUUUGUGCAGGAAAUGAUCGAACCGUCUAAUAGUUGGUUCAGAAAUAAUCCGCGCUACAAACUGAAUAAGCCUAUAUGUGUUUCUUUCUACCAUUUCAUUUAUUGGGGCCUGGACAAAAACUAAAAUUGCAAUCCAUAUUCCAUCCUGUUUUUGUCCAAAUACCCCAAACAGAAAUAUCAAUGCGACUGCAGUGGGUUUUUUACAAAUAGGACAUCUGUGGGCAGUAUGCAGUAGUUAAAAUGGACCUGUCAU